ACAGAACCCGGGACCACCAGUCUGCACCAUGCCCACCCCCAGCGCUGCCUCGCCACAGCCCAAAGGCUUCAGAAGGGCUGUUUCCGAGCUGGACGCCAAGCAAGCCGAGGCCAUCAUGUCCCCCAGGUUCAUUGGGCGUCGGCAGAGCCUCAUCGAGGAUGCCCGCAAGGAGCGUGAGGCGGCGGCAGCUGCGGCCACCUCGGAGCCUGGGGACCCCCUGGAGGCUGUGGUGUUUGAGGAAAGGGAAGGGAAGGCUGUGCUCAACUUGCUGUUCUCUCUGAGGGGCUCCAAAUCCUCUUCACUGUCCCGGGCUGUCAAAGUGUUCGAGACAUUUGAAGCCAAAAUCCAUCACCUGGAGACCCGGCCGGCCCAGAGGUCACGGGCAGGGAGCCCCCACCUGGAGUACUUUGUACGCUUUGAGGUGCCCAGCGGGGACCUGGUUGCCCUGCUCAGCUCCGUGCGCAGGGUGUCGGACGAUGUGCGCAGUGCCAGAGAGGACAAGGUCCCCUGGUUCCCAAGGAAAGUGUCAGAGUUGGAUAAGUGUCACCACCUGGUUACCAAGUUUGACCCUGACCUGGACCUGGACCAUCCGGGCUUCUCUGACCAGGUGUACCGCCAGCGCCGGAAGCUGAUCGCCGAGAUCGCCUUCCAGUACAAGCAGGGUGAACCGAUUCCCCACGUGGAAUACACGGCAGAGGAGAUUGCCACCUGGAAGGAGGUCUACACCACGCUGAAGGGCCUCUACGCUACCCACGCCUGCCGGGAGCACCUUGAGGCUUUCCAGCUCCUGGAACGCUUCUGUGGCUACAGAGAGGACAGCAUCCCACAGCUGGAGGAUGUGUCCCGCUUCCUGAAAGAGCGGACUGGCUUCCAGCUGCGGCCCGUGGCCGGCCUGCUGUCUGCCCGGGAUUUCCUGGCCAGCUUGGCUUUCCGAGUGUUCCAGUGCACACAGUACAUCCGCCACGCCUCCUCACCUAUGCACUCACCUGAGCCGGACUGCUGCCACGAGCUGCUGGGACAUGUACCCAUGCUGGCCGAUCGCACAUUUGCUCAGUUCUCCCAGGACAUUGGCCUUGCAUCCCUUGGGGCCUCAGAUGAGGAAAUUGAGAAACUGUCCACGGUGUACUGGUUCACUGUGGAGUUUGGGUUGUGCAAACAGAACGGGGAACUGAAGGCUUACGGCGCGGGGCUGCUGUCUUCCUAUGGGGAGCUCCUGCACUCCCUGUCGGAGGAGCCUGAGGUUCGGGCCUUCGACCCCGACACAGCGGCUGUGCAGCCCUACCAAGAUCAGACCUACCAGCCGGUGUACUUUGUGUCUGAGAGCUUCAGCGAUGCCAAGGACAAGCUCAGGAACUAUGCCUCCCGGAUCCAGCGUCCAUUCUCUGUGAAGUUUGAUCCAUACACGCUGGCCAUUGAUGUACUGGACAGUCCCCACACCAUCCGACGCUCCCUGGAGGGGGUCCAGGAUGAGCUGCAUACCCUGGCCCAUGCCCUGAGUGCCAUCAGUUAGGUGCAUGGAGCAUCACCCACAGGUGCCAGGGUCCUGCCCCAACAUCUCCUCCCUCUUCUCCAGCCUUCCCCACCCCAAAAGCUCAGGCCCAUGUGUGGGGCUGGUCUGUGGACACUCCCACUGUCUCCCUGUGCCCUGUGAUGGGCUCCCCCUUGAAUACCCCACUGCUUCUCAGUCCCAUGUCUUAUUGCUGCAUGCGCUCCAGGGUCCUGGGUGGCCCUGCUCUGCCCCCCUGGCCCCCAGACUGCUCACCACCUGAUCAUUAUCUCAAUAAAGUAAGGAACACUCUC